AUGAAACCCCCAAAGUCAGUUCUGAAACCAGAAGGUUUGGAGCCAUUUAAGGCUCAGGGCGUGUCUGAACCUGAGAGAAGUUCCUUGUAUUUCACGAGUCCCAAUGGGUUUUGUUGUGGUUUAUUUUUCAGGUCUGCUCCAGCUCCUACCCAAGGUCCCACCAGUGCUGGGGCUGCAGGGCCACCUCCUGCUACCAAUGUGUCAAGCAACAAACGGCUGCAGCAGACACAAGCUCAGGUGGAUGAGGUGGUAGACAUCAUGAGAAUGAAUGUUGACAAAGUGCUAGAAAGAGACCAGAAAUUAUCAGAGCUUGACAACCGGGCAGAUGCAUUGCAAGCAGGUGCCUCGCAGUUUGAAACCAGUGCAGCCAAACUGAAGAGAAAAUACUGGUGGAAAAAUUGCAAGAUGAUGAUCAUCCUUGGUGUAGUUUGCGCAGUCAUUCUCAUUAUAUUUAUAAGUGAGUAA